AUCAGCUGCUCCUCCAAAAAGUUGGCAACACUGCAAAGGGCAAACAUAUUUCAUCAAAAUUCAGCCAUCACAUAGAAAAAAAGACCGUCAUUUCCUGCAAUUCCAGUCAAGUUAUCAAAAUGCCAAAGAAAAUGGGUAUAAACUCAAAGGCAGCGGAGGCGCGUGACCGCAAGGAUGCCAGCAAAAAGGCAAAUCAAGAGCGCAGUGCAAAGGAGGCCGAAGAUCGUUUGUGGCAAGACGAUGACAAGAAUUUGGCCAAAAAGCAACAGCGGCGGGAAGAAGAAGAGCGCAAAAAGGCUGAAGCAGCGCGUCGCAAGGCGGAAUCGAAAGCUUUAUUGGAUGAGGAAACCAGCUCAAUUGUAACGCAGCGCAAACAACCCUUGGCCAAAAUAAAUCGACAGCAGAUUUUGAGUGAGCUGGAAAAGAAGCAACGCGUUAUAGACGCCAUCAAUGAAGCCAAUAAACCUGCUCCCACUCGUGUUGUUGUACAACCGGAAAUCAUCGAGGAGAACAUCAAUCGAUCUCUGGUCGAUACCAAUGUGGCCUCCAAUGUGGAUCAGGCUCUGGCCGUUCUUAGUGUCAAUGACAAGGAGGAGGACAUGCAUCCUGAGAAACGCAUGCGAGCAGCAUACAAAACUUUCGAGGCCCACAAUCUGCCGCGAGUUAAGGCUGAGAAUCCUUCCCUGCGCCUGUCCCAGUGGAAACAGAUCCUUAUGAAGGAAUGGAACAAGUCGCCAGAUAAUCCCUAUAAUCAGGCGCGCUUAUCAGCGGUAUAAACUGAGAAUUUAAGAGAAGUUCAACUGCCGAGCAGUGGGAACCCAAUUCAAAUCCCGAAAAAAACCAGCAUCAACAAUAUAAUUUAAUUUGAUUUAAGAAUGCAAAAUAAAAUUUGCCUACAUUAUUUAUUGUACCGAGAUUGUAAACACUUUUAUUGUUAAUGCAUGAAGUGUAGCUUAUUUUGUAUGUAGGGAUUGUUGGCUUAAAAGCUUACGUGCAAUUUAUUGCCAAUUUACCAAAUAAUAGUUAUGCAAUGAGCAAACGAAAGCUGAAACCCCUGAAAACCAUUCAUGGUAUAUGAUCACAUCUUGGAGCACAAUUGUCGACUGUUUUCUUUUCAAAAUUAAAUAGCCAAUAAGUUGUCUGCUCGUCUUAUUAU